GUUUCUCCAUUGAUCACAACCUGCUUGAAGGGGAUGUCUUGGUCUUUCAACUGAUUCAACCCUGCAAAUUUAAGGUAUAUAUAAUAAGAGAAAACAACUUGACAGAAAUUGAUGGUGCUAUUAGUCUACUAAAUCUGGAUCUUCAUGCUAGACCAGUCAAGUCAGAUCAAAUUGAGGACAUGAAAAUUUGUGAAGCAAAAGAGCGAAAGUACUUGGAGCCUUCGGUCCUAGAUACUCACCAAGAUGUCAAACAAGAAGAAGCCAUAUUGAUACCCGAAUCAGACCAAGGCCGUGCAUCAGAGCAAUGUGGGAAUGAUAGCGAUAAUGGCUCUGAAGUUUUAAGCAUUAGAUUUUCAGAAUCGAGACUAGAAUUCAAAGAUGUGAAUGACUUUUCUGGUUUUAACAUUCUUGUGGAUGGAUUGAUCAUAGACGCUGAGAUUCCAGCACACAUUCGGACCAAAUACUACGAUCUUUGCUGCACUCAGAAGUCAUUUCUCCACGACCAUUUACUUGGUGGACUAAAUUGCAAGCUAGCUGCUGGAAUGAUCACUGAGACUGUGAACAUAGCUGAUGCCAUUAGAGCUUCCAAGAUUUCGAUCCCUCGUGAUUAUCUUGAUACUUGGGACAACACAUUGAAAGGGUUCGAGUGUUUAGGCAUGAAAGUUGGAUUUUUACGUGCAAGGCUUAGUAAACUUAUUAGCAUGUCAUGUGAUUCAGAUAAUAUUCUUGUGGCAAAGAGAGUUGAACUAGCUGAAGCAAAAGAGGAAAUAAGGAAUCUUGAAGAAAAGGUUUUGAAAGUGAAACAAGUGAUAAAGAAGUUAGACUCUGAAAUUGAGGCUUUAGCAGUAAAAGACACGAGUUUUGAGCUCAAAUUCAAGGCAGUGGCAGCUGCUCCAUGGUAAAGAUUUUCUUCUGAAAAAUGUC